AAGCUGCAGAGCUCCCUCCCCAAAUCCAACACAUCAGGAAAAAUCGAAAGCAAACACAACUCAACAUGGUAUCCAGUCAAGGAAGGGUCUUACUCGCGUACUCAGGUGGUUUGGAUACAUCUUGCAUCCUAGCUUGGCUUAUCGAGCAAGGAUAUGAAGUCGUUGCUUUCAUGGCCGAUGUUGGUCAGGAGGAAGACUUCAAAGCAGCCGAAGCCAAGGCGUUGAAAGUGGGCGCCAAGAAAUUUGUCUUGAAGGAUCUCAAAAGAGAGUUUGUCACCGAGCUCAUCACUCCAGCCGUUCAAGCCAAUUGCAUCUAUGAAGGUGUCUAUCUGCUCGGAACCUCUCUUGCAAGGCCUGUCAUUGCCCGAGGGAUGAUUGAAGCUGCCACGACCGAACAAUGCGCAUUUGUUUCACAUGGAUGCACUGGAAAGGGGAACGACCAAGUGCGAUUUGAACUAGCAUUUUAUGCUCUCGUUCCUUCAAUCAAGGUCAUCGCACCCUGGAGGCUCCCGGAGUUUUACAACCGAUUUGCCGGUCGGUCUGAUCUACUGAAAUACGCCGCCGAGAAGGGUAUUCCAGUCGUCCAAACAGCCGCUAAGCCCUGGUCGACUGACGAAAACUUGCAUCACAUCUCAUACGAGGCUGGCAUCCUCGAGGAGCCCGAUGUAACCCCGCCAAAGGACAUGUGGAAACUGACGAAGGAUCUGCUGGAAGCCAGCGCUGACGGCCCCCAAUGCAUCGACCUGACCUUCACCCGGGGAGUGACCAGUGAACUAGUGGUCUACAAACCCUCGACCGAGCAACGUGAGGUGUUGAGCAAAGCCACCGACGUACUGGACAUCUUCCUCGCACUCAAUUCGCUCGCUCGAGCCCAUGGGAUCGGUCGUAUUGACAUCGUGGAAAACAGAUUCAUUGGUGUCAAGAGUCGUGGCUGUUACGAGACCCCCGCUGGUACGAUCCUUCGUCGGGCGCACAUGGACCUCGAAGGGCUAACUUUGGACGGCAAAGUCCGAGCGUUGCGAGACUCAUUCGUGACCGCUGAGCUAAGCAAGAUCCUCUACAACGGAUAUUGGUUCAGCCCCGAGCGGGAGUUCGUCCAAAGCGCACUCGAGGCUAGUCAGAAAAACGUUAACGGUCGUGUCCGACUAUCACUCUACAAGGGUAACGUUAUCGUCGAUGGCCGUGCUUCCAACGAAGGCUUAUACGACGCUAGGGAAAGCAGCAUGGAUGAAAUGGGUGGUUUCGAACCCACAGAUACCAGCGGCUUCAUCAAAAUUGAAUCGAUCCGAUUGCGAAAAUGGGGCGCUCAACGUGAGGCUCAAGGCAAGGGAGUAACCGCCGAUCAAGUUUACAUGAAGCAUUGAGACUUGUCUUUCCCAGAUGAUCUGUUAGCUGAUUGCGGCUAAAAUUGCGACUCAGAUACCAAGAUAUCCACCUACUUACCCAUAGCUUUCUUCUUGGUCAUUUCAUCUUAGAAACCUUAACCCUCCAUUUUAGUAUGAUAUCUUGUCGCCCCUCCUAUUUCUUUUUUCUUGUGUGCCGUUUUUUGUUUUUUGCUACCAAGAUCAUUCUAGCACUAGCAAAACUAACAAAUAGAUUCAUAAUUGAUGCUAAUCUACUCCGGUGAAUAGAAUGUGCGAGUGACAAAAGA